GACCUGCAGAGACCACGAUGGGACUAUGCGAGAGGGACAUUGACUACUGUGGAUGAUUGUGUGAAAACGCAUCAGGACGGAAAAUAUCAGAGGGGGUAGCAGCAUAUUGGACACGACCUCUCUUGUCAAUACAGACGGAUCGUAUGAUGGCAUUUUCCAACCACAGGCUGAGGAGAAAAAGUUGACCCGUUUGCCUUUGGAUGUUGCGGCGGGCGCUCAUUGUAGGCUACCCCAGUGAUGUAAAUGUAAGUUGCAUUUAAUGGGUCUGUAAUACGUAUCUGCUGGAUGCUUAGGACAGAUGUCUUGUCCUAUUGAAGAAAACCCAGAAGGAAAGGGAACUGGACAUUGGCGGAACUGUUUCAAGAGCGAAAACAAACUAUUUGGUUAAGGCAUUUGUAAAGACAAAACCAUACCCAAAGAGUUCAGUCUAUUCAUAUUUAUUUAACGCACACAAUUGGCCAGUAGCCUACUGAAACGCAACCUUUUGCCACUUUGGCUGGCAAUGCCACAUUGAAAUUCUCGCUGUGUUUGUGUAACUGGUUUGGUUGGCUGUUAAGAGUGCAUAUUUCAAAACAAGCUGAUGUGUGAUACAAUCAUUUCAACGGAGCCAGUAUUUUGUUAUAGUGGACAGAAAGUAAGGAGACUGGAUAUUCAAGUUGUGUGUAGGUUUGAACAACUUUUAGGUUCUAAAAUAGCCUAUUAGUUUCAAUGUAGACAUCUUAUUUAUUCCAUAUGCUUGUCAGAAUGUCAUUGACUGAUUUAGAUACGUGGUUCUGUACCAAUGACUGACGCCAACGUUUCAUGCCAAAUAGUGGUAUUACAUAAUAAUGACAGUGACAUCCCUGGUGUACACACAAUAUUAGGCUAUUCUGAAUUUGAGCUUGCUGACAUAAGCCAACUACAGGUUACAUUUGGAGCUCAUUUUAAUGGGACGCGCGUCAAUCCAGUCGUUACAUUAGAGAAUUACUCAAACCAUGCCUUUCACAAUUCAUUGAGGCGGCAGCUGCUUUCAAUAUGACGUUGAAUUGUUACGCUAACAGUUUAGGAGAAGUGUGCUUAUGUCAGAGAAGCACUGUGUUCUGUUGUCGUCCAUGAAUGAGAACGAACGCUCAAGUGCAACAAUAUGCGUUCUAGGCUGUUGAAGGCGCAAAUGACUUCAGCGGGGACUGACGACGAGAAGGACAGCGGAUCAUAAGUCACACUGGUGUCUAUUCAUGGAUGAGGAGAAAAAGAAAAUAGAAAGUUGACAUCAGUGUCUUUGCUAAAGAGACUGUGGGAUAACCGGGUAUGCGGCUAUGGCUGGGACUCCACACUAGCCAAACGGAAUAGAGUUCACAAACUGUCGCCACCCCCGCUGGAUUACACAGAAUUUCUAACAUUGCUACACACGCGGACGCGCGCGAGGAAGUCAUCUAAAGGACGUUCCGGACAUCACUUGAUAGAGGAGAGGUUACGAAUUCAUCAUGAGGACACAGUCCAUAUAGAAAGAAAAUCAAGAGCGCAGUGUCCAUGCGCGUCUCGCCAGAGGUCAGGACAUUUGUUUGGAUUGUAUUGUUCUUUAAUGCAAUGGGCUGCAUCCAGAGUGUCAAGUGUAAGCCGAAGAGUUUCCGUGAGGGUAUCACCGUUUUGGAAGUGAACUCCUCCAUCGACUCUAACCCCACCAGCAUCGAUGAGUCCUCCAGCGUCGUAUUGCGAUACAGGACCCCACAUUUCCGAGCCUCGGCCCGGGUUCUGGUACCUCCGGUUGCCGGCAAAGAAACUUGGACAGUUGGCUGGAUACAAGCGUGCAACCAUAUGGAGUUCUACAACAAAUACGGAAACAAAGGGAUGUCCAGCUGGGAGCUGCCGGACCUGCGCGACGGCAAGAUCAAGGCCAUCUCGGACUCGGACGGCGUCAACUACCCGUGGUACGGCAACACCACGGAGACCUGCACGGUGGUGGGCCCCACCAAGAAGGACACCAAGUUCACCGUCAGCAUGAACGACAACUUCUACCCGAGCGUGACGUGGGGCGUGCCGGUCAGCGACAGCAACGUGCCGCUGCUGAGCAGCAUCCACCGGGACCAGAGCUUCACCACAUGGCUGGUGGCCAUCCAGCAGGCCACGGGCGAGACGCUGGUGCUGCAGACGGUGCGCUGGCGCAUGCAGCUGCACAUCCACGUAGAGCCGGACAAACCGCUGGGGCAGCGGGCGCGCCUCUGCGAGCCCGUGGCCCAGGAGCAGCCCCAGGUGCUGGGCAAGAACGAGCCCAUACCGGCCAACGCCAUGGUCAAGCCCAACGCCAACGACGCACAGGUGCUGAUGUGGAGGCCAAAGAGUGCCGAGCCCAUAGUGGUCAUCCCGCCCAAGUACUGAGACUCAGAGUAACAAGGACUUACCAAGUAAUAAAACAUUACUGUGCGUCUGG